AUGGCUGACUCUCCAGGAGAAGGGCCACCUCCCGAUGCCGAAGGGUUGGACAGACCUUCCGAGAACGAAGAUGAAUUGGACGACCUGCAUGAUGAGUUCGAUGACCCUCAAGCAGUGGCCACUGCCGAUGCCGCAGACCCAGACUCCGAUGACGAAUCACUUCUCUCCGAAGUCGAUGAAGCCCAGUUUGCAGACUUCGAUCCAACAGCUGUACAAGUCGCGCCUGAUUUCGAUACGCUCAACAAAGCCAUCAAAGUGACGAAGAGAAAGAGGGCAGACGGUGAAGAGGAAGCACCCAAAAAGAAGAAGGAGAGGACGCGGGAAAAGGUCAGAAAAAACCAGCGCAGACCAGACAGUGAUGAUGGCUUCUCUGGCGGCGAAGAAGUAGAUGGCAAGCGGUCACGAAAAUCCAAGCCGGAUGGCGAAAGAAAGCCCAAAGCUCCACGCCCGGAAAUCAAUGAAGAAGACUUGACUCCUGAAGAGCGAAGACGGCGAGCGUUAGACAGAGCUAUGGAUGCUGCGGUCAAGAAGUCGUCCGGGAAGAGGCUUCGGAAGGGUGAUAUUGAUCUUGAGCAGAUGGCGGAUGCGGAGAUUGAGGAGAUGCGCAACAAGAUGAUUACAGCGGCAGAGGCGGAUGGAGAAUUGGUUCGACAGGGUUUACCUGCUUCCGAAAAGCUCAAGAUGCUUCCAAACGUUGUCAGCUUGUUGAACCGCAACAAUAUUGUCCAGUCGAUCUUGGACCCGGAGACGAACUUGUUGGAAGCCGUUCGAUUCUUCUUGGAACCAUUGAGCGAUGGUAGUCUGCCAGCCUACAACAUUCAGCGUGAAUUGUUUGCAGCACUUGGCAAGCUUCCGAUGAACAAGGAGACGUUGAUAUCUUCCGGCAUUGGAAAGGUCAUGCUAUUUUACAGAAAGUCCAAAAGAGCAGAGCCUGCCAUCAAACGACAGGCCACCAAACUGAUGGAGGAGUGGUCAAGACCUAUCUUGCAGAGGAGUGAUGAUUACACGAAGAAGACUUGGGCUCGGGCGACUUAUGAUCCGACGAGGAGAAGAGAUGAUGGACAACCAGCUGUUAUUCCAAAGGCAAGGGUUAAUGUGGCGCCUGGUCAGAAACAGAGCAAUAGGGCGAGAUUGCUGCCAGGAGCGACUAGCUAUACCAUCGUGCCGGAGGUGUCGACAAUAGUCAGACGUUGA